AUGCACCUUCAUGGCUGUAAGAGGGAGGCGCUGGAUACUCGGACACUCGUGCCCGCUGCUCCAUUGCAGUGCAUACGGAUGCCUUGGGCGUCUUCGGGGAUGAAGAUGGCCGAGGGUAGGCGCAAUUGGCUCAGUUGCACUCGCAACUCAAUCGCCACCAGGCUUUGCCUUCAGAGCGCAUUGCCGGAAAGUGAGCUGCUCAUCCUUCGCCCUGGAUUUUUAGACAAAAGCAUUGGAGGGAUAGAGAAUCUCUGGUGUCCCCAGCAACGCACAGUUUCCUCGGAUCAUUACAAUAAGAUCUGCAGUGUGCAAUCGGCAACCCAGCAACAGGGAAAUCUCGCAAUGGGAUUCUCAACACUGCGCAUCGCUAUUCUCGGCCUUACUCUACUCGUGAGCACCACUUCGGCUACCAUCAGUCUUUCGAACUUCACACCACGGAUCGACAAUCUUCCCGCGCAAUGCGCAACUGUAUACACUACCAACAUCGAAGGCUGCGUUGCUGGUGACUUUUCUUCCACAGACGGAUCCACGCCCAUCUGUAGUGAAGCAUGCCUUCAAGGUCUCGCCAAGAUUCAGAAUGCUGUGUCUCAGAGCUGUGCGGGUGUUGAUGUCGGCGAGACUUCCAUCAUUGGCGUUUUCCAGAACGGCCUUGGGUUGAGGGCGCUGUGCCCGGCUGGCACAGUCACAUCGCAAAGUUCAAGUACAACUAAGACUACCACUACAAAAGUGUCUGUCCCCCCUCGGAGCAGCGCAGGUGCGACGACAACCACGUCAUCAGCCGAGUCGGUACGGCCAAGUGGAGUUGCGUCCGCAUCAUCGCCACCGGGGACAGAGGAUGCGCAAUCAUCAAGUCUUUCAGGCUCGAGGCCAUCGCUGGACACGUUCACGACAUCGGCGCAAGCAACAAACGUAGCGCCGUCUUCGACAGCACGCGCGAGCACGACCCGGGCUCCCAGCAACCAGCUCUCCAACACAGGAUCUGGCGGCGGAUCACCUUUCGAUGUUGUCGCGGUUGCCUCGUCCUCACAAUUAAAGAUGUUGAACAUGACUGUGGCAUCACUCAUUGCGACAGCAGUCUUGUUCUUUGCAUGUGCUUGA